UGGAUUCUUGCAUGGAACUUAUUGUUUGCACAAUAUUUUGUGAAAGCCCAAUAUCUCUGUUAUUCUACGCCAUGUCAAAAUGGAGGCACGUGCGUGGGUCACAUGGCGGGUUACACGUGCUACUGUCGACCUGGAUACAACGGCACGAACUGUGAAAGCGAUAUAAAUGAGUGUGCUUCGAAUCCUUGUUUGAAUGGGGGAACGUGUCAAGACCAGGUUAAUGGAUAUCGAUGUGUUUGUCAAAAUGGCUUUACCGGAAUCCGUUGCCAUACAAACAUUGACGACUGUGCCAAUCAGCCGUGCCAGAAUGGAGGGUUGUGUUUAGAUGGAGUCAACUCCUACAACUGCUCCUGUCCAAGGGAGUACACCGGGCAACUCUGUGAAAUAGAUGUGAACGAAUGCGCAUCAUUCCCAUGUGUCAAUGGCGUGUGUUCCGAUCACGUGGGUUAUUUUAAUUGUUCAUGCUUCCCUGGGUAUUCCGGAACCUGCUGCGAAAUAAACAGUGAUGACUGCCAGUCCGGACCUUGUUUAAACGGUGGAUUGUGUAUAGACGGGGUCAAUUCCUACACGUGUACAUGCCGCAGGGGGUACACGGGCGACAACUGCGCAAAUGAUACAAAUGAAUGCGAAUCAUCACCUUGCCAACAUGGUGGCAUUUGCAUAGACAAUGUCGGAUUCUUUGUAUGCGUUUGUUCUGCGGGAUACAUGGGAACUCGCUGCGAAAUUGAGACAAAUGAGUGUGCCUCCAACCCUUGCCGAAACAACGGAUUAUGUACAGACCUUCCGUUAGAAUUCAACUGUACCUGUCCUGUCCUGUUUACCGGACUUAUCUGCGAAACUGAUAAGGAUGAGUGCGCAGUAUCGCCAUGUUUAAACGGCGGUACCUGUAACCAAUACACCGCCUUCUACAACUGUACUUGUCCGAUAGGGUUCAUUGGAUUUCAUUGCGGGAUAAAUGUGAAUGAAUGUGAAUCACAACCGUGUAGUAAUGGUGGAAUAUGUCAUGAUGGUGUCAGCAACUAUACUUGUGUGUGUCGGGAUGGGUUUACUGGUGGAACUUGCUUAAAUGAAACGGAUGAAUGUACGCCAGAUCCAUGUCAAAAUGGAGGUACUUGUGUGGAUUUGGUGGCGGCAUUUCGUUGUCGAUGUGCACCAGGAUAUACCGGAACAUUUUGUGAAACAGAUAUAAAUGACUGCGACCCGAAUCCCUGCCAGAACGGGGCGUAUUGUACGGAUCUCGUCAACAGCUACAACUGCACGUGCAUCGCAGGAUUGGAUGGUCAGAUUUGUUCACAAUAUUUGAUAUGUACCGUUGACCCUUGCCUAAAUGGCGCUACAUGCAUCGCGGAUCGGUGUUUCUGUGCUCCUGGUUGGGCUGGCGUUCAUUGUGGAACAGACGUGGACGAGUGUGCAUCCAAUCCCUGCAGAAACGGAGGAACAUGUUCACAAGCUAUCGGCCAGUACAGCUGUGCAUGCCCUCCAGGCUUCACUGGAAUUAACUGCGAAAUAAAUAUAAACGACUGCGCAAGUCUGCCUUGUUUAAAUGGAGGACAUUGUAAUGACCAGAUCAAUGGAUUCAACUGCAGCUGUACACCUGGUUACGUCGGCCCCUUUUGUCAGACAGAUAUCAAUGAGUGUGCGUCUAACCCUUGUAUGAACAAUGCCACAUGUUUGGACCAGGUUGCCCAGUUUUCCUGUGUCUGUCCUGAAGGAUUCACCGGCACUCUUUGUGAACACAAUAUCAAUGAGUGUGUUCCAAAUCCCUGCCUAAAUGGAGGUGUAUGUGUGGACAUGGUUAACGGCUAUAUAUGCGUUUGUCACUCCGGGUACACGGGGACGAACUGCGAGAUAAACGUUAAUGACUGCCUCCCGAAUCCUUGUUUGCACGGGGCUACCUGCCUGGACGGAGUUGGAAUGUUCACGUGCACAUGUGUGCUAGGAUAUACAGGCAGAACGUGCGAAACAGACAUUGAUGAAUGUCGGCCGAAUCCAUGCAGAAAUGGUGGUCUAUGUGUGGACGGUAUCAACAGUUUUACAUGCAUAUGUCCAGCUGGAGUCACGGGUGUAAUAUGUGAAACAGGUAUCGAUGAGUGUGCAUCCUCGCCCUGUGGUGCCGAGAACACGUGUGUGGAUGGAAACAACACAUACACAUGCAUAUGUCGUGCAGGCUACACUGGGAGUUGCUGCGAAAUUGAUAUAAACGAAUGUGCGUCGGAACCUUGUCUAAACGGUGGUCUGUGUUUGGAAGGUAUAGACGUGUACAACUGCACGUGUCAACCUGGGUAUCAGGAUGCCCACUGUGGAACAGACAUCAAUGAGUGUGAAUCAGGCCCUUGCCAACAUAACGGGACAUGUGUUAAUCUGGUUGGUUCGUUUCAAUGUAACUGUGCUCCAGGAUACACCGGCACAUUGUGUCAGAUAGAUGUGAACGAGUGUUCCUCACAGCCUUGUUUAAACGGUGGAGUGUGCAUAGACGGAAUCAAUCGGUAUAACUGCACGUGUCCUCAAGGGUACCAAGGAACUGACUGCGAAACUGAAAUUCAAGAGUGCUCGUCUUCUCCGUGCCUCAACGGAGGGACAUGCGGAGAACAUAUCGGAUACUACAUGUGCACUUGUAUUCCCGGUUAUACUGGAACCAACUGUGAACACGCGUCUAGACCACCCCCAAUUCGCAAGACUGUGACUUACAGGAAGCUGCGUUCUAUUAACAUAGACAAUCUGCGAGAAGACAUUCGCAAUACAGACUUUUUCGGAAAUAAAAUUAUACCGUUAGAUAUUGACACAGCUGUUGAAGAGUACUCAAAUAUACUUAACGCUAUCAUAGAUAAACAUGCGCCAUUGAAAACAAAAACGAUCGUGCUCAGACCGUCAUGUCCAUGGUAUACAGAAAGCCUCCACGAUGCCAAGCAUCAGAAGCGGAAGUUGGAACAGCAGAUGGCACAGGAUUUUAGCGAUUUUUUUGUUAAUAAAAUUGAGAAAAUACGGGAUAGUAUCACCUCACAUCGACAAUCUGUAUCAAGUUCGGACUACCCAGAAGACGUUCACUCUGGUACUAAGUGCGAAGUGUUCUCUAGUGUCACGGAGGAAGAAGUUAAGUCAAUUAUUCAGAAGUCAUCCAACAAGUCCUGCGAGUUGGACCCAAUACCAACCUGGUUAUUGAAAGACUGUCUCGGGGAACUCGCACCGAUGAUGACAAUGAUAAUCAACGCAUCUUUAGAUAGUGCUUAUGUACCAAAGGCGUUUAAACAGUCGCGAAUCAGACCUCUCCUCAAGAAGCCGACUUUAGAUGCAAAUGAUCUCAAGAACUACAGGCCGGUGUCCAAUCUGUCUUUCUUCUCCAAAAUUUUAGAGAAGGUUGUAGAUGCGCGGAUCGAAACCCACCUAGAAAAGAACGCUCUACAUGAAAUGAACCAAUCUGCCUACAGAAAAUACCACUCGACUGAAACUGCUCUUAUAAAGGUACAAAAUGACAUUCUUAAUUCCUUGGAUAAUAAUGAGGUCACUAUUUUUGUUAUGCUAGACCUGUCUGCCGCCUUUGAUACAAUCGACCAUGAAACAUUAUUUCAGCGGCUAGAAAAACAUUUCGGUAUUACAGACAAGUCUUUGGCCUGGAUAAAGUCGUAUUUCACUGACCGUCAUCAGACGGUGUGUGUCAACGGAGAGCUUUCUGCGCCAGUGAACGUACAGUACAGUGUGCCCCAAGGGUCAGUACUCGGACCGAAAGCAUACACCAUGUAUACGAAACCUAUCGGUGCUAUCUAUAUCAACGAGUGUCUGCCAAUGCCAUGCCUUAACGGUGGAACGUGUGUAGAUGAAGUCAACCGCUACACGUGCAUAUGUCGAGCAGGCUUCACUGGCACAAAUUGCGAAGAAAACAUUGACGAGUGUAUUGGGAUUAUUUGUCAGAACGGGGGCACGUGCGAGGAUGGCGUAAACAGCUUUCGGUGUGUCUGUCUUCCUGGUUAUACCGGAGAAAGAUGCCAAACUGAUAUCGACGAGUGUCUUUUAUUACCGUGCCACCAUGCCGGGACAUGUCAAAAUACACCUGGAAGCUACAUGUGCAUUUGUCCAAUAGAUCUGACUGGGAAAAACUGUGAACUAUUAAUGAACGAAUGCCUUUCGAAUCCAUGCCUGAAUGGGGGAGAGUGUUUCGUCGGCGAGGGACGUUAUGACUGCAUCUGCUUGCCAGGCUUCAGCGGAACAAAUUGCCAGAUAAAUAUAAACGAAUGCUCCUCCAGUCCAUGCCUUAAUGGUGGAACAUGUCUAGAUGGCAUUAAUUUCUACAAUUGCACAUGCACCCCUGGAUAUACUGGACUACAUUGUGGAAUAGACAUCAACGAGUGUGCUUCUGGACCGUGUCAGAACGGCGGCGUAUGCAGCGAUCGCGUCAACCUGUACAUCUGCUACUGUCCACCGGGAUAUACGGGAAUUAACUGUGAACUAGAUAUAGAUGAGUGUGCCUCCAGUCCCUGCCAGAAUGGAGCAACGUGUGCGAGUGUUAUUCCGGGAUUCCGUUGCAUUUGUAUGCCCGGGUACACUGGAGCCUUCUGUGAUAAAGAUAUCAACGAGUGCGCCAGUCAGCCGUGUCAGAACAGGGGAAUUUGUGUCGAUGAAAUCAAUGGAUACAUUUGUAUUUGCCCCAUUGGAUUUAUGGGGCUCAGAUGCGAAAUAAAUGUUGUCGAAUGCUCUUCUAAUCCCUGCUUGAAUGGAGGCACGUGUAUAGACGGUGACACUAUGUACACGUGCAACUGUCGACCAGGAUACACCGGAACACAUUGCGAAAUAGAUAUAGAUGAAUGUUUAUCUUACCCCUGCCAAAGGGGAAACUGUAUCGAUGGUUCAAAUGGUUAUACCUGCGUUUGUCCCAAUGGAUUUUCUGGAUUGAAUUGUGAUAUUGAUAUUAAUGAGUGUGUGCCUACUCCUUGUUCCAACAACGCAACCUGCGUUGACCUGGCUGGUGGUUAUAAUUGCAUUUGUGCGCCUGGCUACACGGGAUCAUGCUGCGAACUUGACAUCAACGAAUGUGCAUCUGACCCGUGUAGUAAUGGUGGUCUGUGUGUAGAUCUGAUCAACUCGUGUAUUUGUAUAUGCGUUCCAGGCUACACAGGGGACACCUGUCAGAUUGAUAUAAAUGAGUGUUUGUCUGACCCCUGUCCACCCUCGGUCCAUUGUGAGGAUCUGGAGAAUGCCUACAGAUGUGUUUGUCCCCCAGGUUAUACCGGUCCCUUUUGCAUGACACCGGUUGAUUUGUGUUAUCCGAUCCCAUGUUUAAACAAUGGCACGUGUCAAAUGACUAACAUCCUUUACCCUUCGUACGUUUGCACAUGCGUACCGGGAUUUACAGGAAUUAAUUGCCAAAUCAACAUUGACGACUGUGUUUACAGCCAUUGUGCGGCGUUCUCAACUUGUGUGGAUGGAAUCAACAAUUACACAUGCAUUUGUCCGCCUGGUUUUACUGGACCGUUCUGCACUGAAAACAUCAACGAGUGUUCAAGCUUUCCUUGUAUACGUAAUGCUACGUGCGUGGAUACUAUUGGCAGCUACUAUUGCGCAUGCCCCUCGGGCGUAACGGGACUUCACUGUGACACUCUUACAGCACAAGCAUGUUUAUCGUCCGACGACUGCGAUUCUGACAAGACGUGUGUAGAUCAAGAGUGCGUCUGUGCUGAUUAUUAUGUUGGUGUGGUCGGAGAUGCCUGCAUGCAUGUUGGUAUACUCACUGUCAUUAUCUUGGUUGGCAUCAUCGUUGGAAUAAUAGGAGCUAUAUUAACAAUAAAGCAUCUGAGGAAUUCCGGAUGUAAUGGUCAAGACCCUGUUGACGAAACGGAAAGCGGGACAAUGGGCGAUGACUCAUCUGAUGACAAUUCAUUAGAUAAUUGGUUAAAAAAGUUAUUAACAAAAUAUAAACCAGGAAAGACGAAGAAGUCCCAAGACGAACCUCAAUUUCUAUGUUGUUUUAGAUUCGUGAACAAGGAGAAGCAGGGGCGCUCGUGCCGAAAAGUGUCUCCUUUAUCCGACUUAAAGUCAACGAAACUGGGCAGAAAUAUCCGGGCAGUUCAACAAGGAGUUAUGGCACAGAAAUACAAAGUUGGUGAUAAGAAAAAGUUAAUCUCGAAGGUGGACGAAAAAUUAAAUAUUGAUACGAGCUUAACAUCUUCAGAUACGAGCUCAUCAUCUUCAAAUCAUCAAGGACGUACGGUACAGAUAUUCGAAGUUCUUGACAAGAACAGAGGCAUCUCUCCAAGCGAAGAAACGUCAAGUUCUGAAACGACUUCAGGUGGCUCAGACGAGUCUGUAGCGGGAGGGAAGAAAAAAAAGUCACCGAAAACGACAGUUGUUUCCAUCAUCGAGCAAAUAUGUCCAUGUUUAACUAUAAGUGAGGGCGAAGAAACAGAUUCUGGUACAAACAAGGAUGAAGGAGAAAGUAACAAAGGAGGAACAGAUUGUUCGGGGCCGGAUGAUUCCUCCACCAAAAAGGACGAGGAAACAAGUUCUGAUACACCAAGCCUGCCCAAUGAAGAAGAAAGUAACACAGAACAUUCAGAGGAUCACGAGUCGGAAAAUAACGCCAAUAAUGAGGUAUAA